GGCGGAGGUGGAGGGGAGCCAGAGCGGCAAGCGGACGCGGAAGCGGAAGCGGAUUUUCGAGAUCGAGCGAAAACCCGCGCGGCGGCGUGUGGGAUCCCGGGCGGGAUUCCGGUCCGCGGGGGCAGCGCUCUGCCAGGGCGGCGUGUGCGUGGAGUCCUGA